UAAAAUCUUCAAGUAUUUCUUUUAUUGCCAUCGAUAUAACUCGGACAUGCCUCGCCAUGUUUAUGAACUUACCUAAUUCUAAUUUGAGUUCUAAACUAAAAUGAAAGCAAUAUUAAUUUUAGUUUUACUGAUCAAACUUGUUUGUACAGAUAAAGUUAAUCGUUCAUGUGAAUGUGGUAUCGCUGGCAAGAACCGUAGAAUAGUUGGUGGUACUACGGUUCAGCCUCAUCAGUAUCCUUGGCUGGUUGCACUCAUGUUGGGAUCGAAACUACAUUGUGGAGGUGCAAUUAUUACCGACCAACACGUUUUAAGUGCUGGGCACUGUAUCACUUUUGGUGUUAAUUUUAAAGAUCUAACCGUCUACAUAGGAAUGCAUGAUCGUUUGGGGAGCACUCAUACCGUCUCUAGACUGAAGAAUGGUGUUAAGCAUCCCAGCUUCACUUCAAAUGCCGUUCGAGACAUCAAUGACAUUGCAAUCUUAACACUCGACAAAAAGCUUCAAUUUUCAGAUAAAGUUCGUCCAAUAUGCUUACCAAGUGAAGGAAUGGAUUUUAAAAAUGUACCACUAACUGUAGCCGGAUGGGGAAAAACUAGACAAGGAGCUCUAACAUCAUCGAGAUAUUUAUUAGAAACUAAGGUUAAAAUUGUUCCUAGUAAUACGUGUUCCAAGUCGUCUAUAUACAAAGAUAAUCUUGUCACCGAUUCCAUGAUGUGUGCUUAUAGUCUUGGAAAAGACGCUUGUCAGGGUGAUAGCGGGGGACCAAUUUUCGCUACACAUGCACGAACACAUAACAAGAAAUGGUACCAAGUUGAAUGCGGAACACCAUCAGACAAAAUAAUAUCAAUGAGGAUAGUGGGUGGUAGAAGAGCUGAGCCUCACUCGUUUCCUUGGACUGUGGCUAUCGUGAAGAAUGAUCGAAUGCAUUGCGGUGGUGCCAUAAUAACAGACCGGCAUGUCCUUAGCGCUGGUCAUUGUUUUAAAUGGGAUGAUAGAAAGCAAAUGAAAGUUUAUAUAGGUCUCGACGAUUUGGAAGACAUGAAUAAUGUUGAAGUUAGGAACAUCUCAAAUGUGGUCAUUCACGAACAGUUCACAUCGACCGCUGUUCGAGACGAAAAUGAUAUAGCAAUCGCUACCUUAAACAAACCAGUUACGUUCAGUGACACAAUCGUACCAAUAUGUUUGCCUUCUCCGGGACAAAAAUUUGAUGGUAGAUCAGGUACUAUAGUAGGAUGGGGUCGUCUUGGAACUGAUAAAACAUCUUCGAAGGUUCUAAUGAAAGCCAGUCUUCGAAUUCUCAGUGACGAGGAAUGUUUUAAAUCCAAAUUGGCCAGCCAUAUAAAGCCAAUGAUGAUGUGUGCUUUCACUAAAGGAAAAGACGGUUGUCAGGGCGACAGUGGUGGACCACUUUUGACGUUUGAAUCCGACGGAAGAUACGUUCAAGCAGGAAUUGUGUCGUGGGGUAUUGGAUGUGCAAACCCAAAUUACCCAGGUGUGUACACUAAAGUGAGCAACUACAAUGACUGGAUCGAAAAGAAUACAGCAAAUGGAAAAACAUGUGAUUAAAGUAUUAUAUAGGAUA